AUGGAUUAUAAUCCACAAAAAGGAGGGUAUGGAAUACCAAUUAGUGGUAAUAUUCUGUCAGGCUAUAAACAUUAUUACAAAGCUACAAAUCACAUAAGAAUGCCCUAUGUGGAAGAAACUUAUUAAUUUAAGGAAGAAGACAAAUAAGACCAUGUAGAAUUCACAAAAAAGGAGAAAUCAGGAAUGAAGAUAUUUGAUGAUAACACAUUAGAAUUUGAAUGCAAGAAAAUCAGUAUGUAAGAUUUACAAAAAUUGGAUUUAUAAUAAAGUAAUAUUACUGAAUAAGGGAUGUCUACAAUUUGUUCAUCAAAGAAUUGUAGUAAUAUAACUGAAUUGGAUUUAUCUAAAAAUUCUUAUAAUGUGACAGAUACUUUUCUUAGAUUGAUUGGAGAGUCAUAAUAUUUAAUUAAACUUGAAACUUUAUUCCUUGAUGACAGUGCUGUUUCUGACAAUGGAAUUAUGUUCUUAACAUAACCAUUUACAAAACCUGUUGAUUAAUAUACUUUAUAUGCUACUCAAAGUUUAAGAAGAACUAAAAAGCAUUUAGAAUCUACUAGAGGAAUGACAGGUUAAAAUUUUAAUAGUACUGCUGCUAUGACUCAUACUAGUGAUUCUUAAACACAGUUCUCUGAUUCAAAUAAAUAUAGAAAUUUUGUGAAUCAUCUUAAUAAGUUAUCUCUUUAGGGAUUAAAUAUUACAGAUAGAGGAUUAUAAUGUAUUUCUUUUAGUUAAAAUGUACGUCUUAGAUAUUUGAAUUUGUCAUUUACUAAAAUAACUGAUAAAGGAUUGAUUGAAUACUUUAAUUCUUCCAAUAGUGCAUUUUUAGAAUAUUUAGAUGUAUCUCAUUAGCCACUUACAGAUGAAAGCAUUAAAGCUUUCGCUUAUUCAGAAUUUUGUAAAUCUUUGAUGGUCUUUAUAAUAAAUAGUUGUCCAUUGACUAAUGAAAGUAUGAUCCAUCUUUGUAAUUCUCCUAACACUAUUAAUAUGGUGGAAUUAAAUAUUGGUACUUUCACCAAAUCUUAUAUGACUGGAGAGGCUAUUAGAAUUUUAAGUGAAGCAAAAUAUAUGAGUUCAUUAAAGAAUUUGAAUUUAGAUGGAUAACCAUUUCCAGAGGGUAAUUUUGAUAUUUUAAAUUUAAAGUAAUCCUUCUAAAGUUCAUUAAGAGUCCAAUCAUGAUUAAUAUAGAAAAAUUAUCAAUAGCAAAAAAUGAAGACAUUACAGAUAGUUUUUGUGGAGCAAUAUACGAAUUUUAUCAGGCAGAACAAUAUAAAUCUUUAAAGUAUUUAAAUUUAAUGAAGACCAAUAUUACUGAAAGAGGUGUAGUUUAAUUAUAAGAUUUAUUUAAAUUAGUUCAUUCAAUUGAUAAUUUGUCUUCAAUGAUAAAAAGUAUAUAUUUUCUAUAAAAUUAAUUCUAGUUAAAGAACAAACAAGAGCAGGGAUAAAAUGUUUUAUUUGUGAUCGAUGUUUAAUGUAGUAAGAUACAGAAAGGGAUAAUUACAGAGAUAAAAAACCACCCAUAAAUCCACAUAAUUGUUUUAUUUGCAGAACCAGAUAAAUUACAACAAUAGAGUAUCCUGCAAAAGCAUGUUAUGGAUGUGGCAAAGGAUUUCAAGAAAAAACAUGUCAUUUGUGUUAAAAAUAAAUAGGAAAGCAUCAAUUAUUUAGAUGUCAUUUAUGUGCAAUUGGUAAUAACAAAUUCAAAUGUUUUAAUUGUGAUAGAAUGAUUUUAGCUAAAAGGUGA